AUGUUUAACUUCGGUAGUCGAUCGAAAAUCGAUGCUUUCAAUGUCGCUGUUCUUCCGCUGGUAUCGACACCACAACAGGUUCGUCUUGGCUUCUCAUCUCUACCGACUUAUCGAUAUGGUGUGUUUUCUACCUGUUGGAUCAAAGCAGGAACGGAGAUGGGACCUUACAUCGGCAAAGUCGUACAGAGAGACGAGAUCAACAUGACAUCUCCAAAUGAACUCAUGUGGGAGAUAUUUGAUGACCGAGGUGAGAUCAUCUAUUUUCUGGAAGCUGAUCACGGCACUUACUCUUCGUGGCUGUCUUAUGUUAACUGUGCUAGAAAUGAUCAAGAACAGAAUCUGGAAAUCUAUCAGUCUGGCAGAGAGAUUUACUACAGAGCCACCAAGGUAGUUAUUCUUCACUUUUUUCUUUUCUCUUUAUUUCUCUCUAUUUUUUUUUCUUUCUUUUUCUUUUCUCUUUAUUUUUCUUUUCUCAAUUGCUGUGGUGAUCGUUGUGCGUAA